GCCAAUCUCUAAGUUCAGAACUCUCCAGCGGUCAGCAGUGUGGGCAGAGGGAGAAAGAGAGCGCUGAGCCAAUCUUCUCUCUCUCUCUCCUCCCUUCGUCUUCUUCGGGUGCUUUCCUCGCCAAUCAUCGAGCUCGGGAACGGUACCGGCGAGGUAGCAAAUGGCCGGAGCUACGAGGAGAGCAGGCGCGAUUGCUUUCUUCGUCGUAUUGAUGCUGCUGGUGGCGGCGGCGGCGGCGGCGUGCAGCGGAUUUUCUUCUUCGGCGGCGGCGGAGGAGGAGGAGGGGGAGGAGGAGAUAAGGUCGAAGCAGAAGAGGAGGAUGUCGGGGAUAAUCAUACCGGGGUUCGCCUGCACUCAGCUCAGAGCUUGGUCUAUCCUCGACUGCCCCUACUCCCCCCUCGACUUCAACCCUCUCGAUCCUGUCUGGCUUGACACCACCAAGCUUCUUUCCGCCGUCAACUGUUGGCUCAAGUGCAUGCUGCUAGACCCCUAUAACCAGACCGAUCAUCCCGAGUGCAAAUCUCGGCCGGAUAGCGGUCUCUCUGCGAUAACUGAACUCGAUCCCGGUUACAUUACAGGUCCACUUUCUUCAGUAUGGAAAGAAUGGGUAAAGUGGUGCAUUGAAUUCGGUGUCGAGGCUGAUGCUAUCAUUGCGGCUCCAUAUGAUUGGAGAUUAUCACCGUCAAUGCUCGAAGAGAGAGAUCUGUACUUUCACAAGUUAAAGAUAACAUUUGAAACUGCUGUCAAGCUUCGUGGAGGCCCCUCUUUGGUGUUUGCGCAUUCAUUAGGGAAUAAUGUCUUUCUCUACUUCUUGGAGUGGUUAAAGCUAGAAAUUGCUCCGAAGCACUACAAUCAGUGGCUGGACAAACAUAUCCAUGCCUAUUUUGCUGUUGGGGCUCCACUUCUUGGUGCAAUUGAGACAGUCAAGGGAACACUUUCUGGGCACACAUUUGGUCUUCCGCUUUCUGAGGGGACUGCUAGAUUGUUGGUCAAUUCGUUCGCUUCUUUUCUUUGGAUGAUGCCGUUUUCGAAGUACUGCAGAGCUGACACUGAAUAUUCAAAGCACUUCUCUGGAAAGAACAGAAAGGGUCAUCAUGUCUACCACUGUGAAGAACAGGAAUUUCGAUCAAACUACUCUGGAUGGCCUACAAAUAUAGUCAAUAUUGAAAUACCUUCAGUCCGCGGAUUUGAUGCCUAUCCAUCAGUUACUGAUGCUGCUGAGUUCAAUCUGUCUAGCAUGGAAUGUGGGCUCCCUACUCAGCUGUCCUUCUCUGCUCGGGAAAUAGCAGAUGGGACCUUCUUCAAAGCAAUUGAGGAUUAUGAUCCAGAUAGCAAGAGACUUUUGUAUCAGUUGGAGAAGUCAUAUCAUCGUGAUCCUGUUUUCAAUCCACUCACUCCAUGGGACAGGCCACCUAUAAAGAAUGUUUUCUGCAUCUAUGGAAUAGAUUCAAAGACAGAGGUCGGGUACUAUUUUGCUCCAAGCGGCAAGCCUUACCCUGAUAACUGGAUCAUUACCGAUGUCAUUUAUGAAAUUGAAGGAUCUCUCUUCUCGAGGUCGGGCAACCUGGUCGAAGGGAAUCCAGGAACUACUAGUGGUGAUGGGACGGUUCCAUAUCAUUCUCUUUCUUGGUGCAAGAAUUGGCUUGGAGACAAGGUGAACAUAAUAAGAGCUCCCCAGUCUGAGCAUGAUGGAUCUGACGUCCAAGUGCAAUUGAAUGUGGACCAUCAUCAUGGUGAAGAUAUUGUUCCAAACAUGACAAGAUCUCCCAGGACCAAAUACAUAACCUAUUAUGAACAUGCUGAAAGUAUCUCCGGGAAGAGGACAGCAGUUUGGGAGCUUGAUAAAGCAAAUCACAGGAAUAUUGUUAAGUCCCCAGUUCUAAUGAGGGAAGUCUGGCUUCAGAUGUGGCACGAUAUACAUCCAAAAGCGAAAUCACACUUUGUUACAAAAGCUAAGCGUGGGCCACUGAGGGAUGACGACUGCUACUGGGAUUAUGGCAAAGCUCGCUGUGCCUGGCCCGAAUAUUGUGAAUACAGGUAUGCUUUUGGGGAUGUUCAUCUGGGGCAGAGUUGUAGACUAAAGAGUUCGUCCUCAGAUCUGCUUUUCCAUUACGUAUAGUGCAGUAGAUUAGGUUUCAGCUUCCAACCAAUUGGUGUCAUUCUUGGGCGGACUGUCCUCAGUUCUUUGCAUUCAUGCUCAGCUAUUGGCAUGAUUGUUGGCCUCGGAUCGCAGCUUUGUUAUGUUGAAGGCGUAUAGAGUGGAGGAUUUCACGUCGUUGUCCCCUGCAGAGAUGUGCUCUUCAGUAACAUGCCUGAAUCCCCCAAAACUAAUUGCUGAAAUUUUGAUCACUGUACGUAAUCCAUUUCUCUAUAUGAUUUCUAUAUGUGGGCGUUAUGCAACUAAUGCACUUCAGAUAUCAAAUGUACAACUAUAUGCUUAAAACUAGAAACAAUGUCGAAAGAUUAGAUGCCAAAGAAUGAUUUCUGAUCCAAUCUUUUUGCUGGAUGAUUGGUGAGUUUUAGUUCA